GAGUGAUAAAUACGCAACUGUGAACCGGAAAUAGUUCAAGUCACGUGAACAUUGGUAAAAUACACGGUGACAUCUGCUUCGGUGAAUCAGUUGACGAUGGUUUGUGGAGGUUUUUCUUGUUCCAAGAACUCUCUAGCGGCGCUGAAUGUGUUGUAUAUUUUGGUGUCCUUCAUCCUGAUUGGAGUCGCUGCCUAUGCUAGAGUUGUUGCCAUAGUGACCAGCCUUGCAUUGGUGGGAGGUGUUAUUGCGUGUGGUGUUUUCCUAUUUUUCACAGCCUUAAUAGGACUGAUAGGAGCAUGCAAGCACCACCAAGUCUUGCUUUUCUUUUACAUGAUUAUUCUGUUCCUGGUAUUUCUGAUCCAGUUUUCUCUAGCAUGUGCCUGUCUUGCUGUUAACGAAGAUCAGCGAGAACAUCUGGCCAAAACUGGCUGGGACAUGGCAAGUAAUCAGACUCGCAACAUGGUACAGAUCAAGUCACAGUGCUGCGGAUUCAGGAAGCAGAACCCACUCAACCACCCUUCCUGUGCCAGUUUGAAGUGUUGUGAAAGCAAUGAAAAGGCUGAGUGUUGUGCUAGGAACUUUACCCUAAAUUCCCAGAAUGGCACCAGUGAAUGUCCAUGUGCCUCGUGCUUAGAGAAACUUAGUGAUGAAAUCAAUUAUGGCUUCAAAUUAACAGGUGGAAUUGGCCUCUUCUUUAGUUUCACAGAGAUUCUAGGAGUCUGGAUUACGGUUCGAUAUAGAAACCAGAAAGACCCACGAGCCAAUCCGAGCUCAUUCCUAUAAUCAUUCACAACUGAUAGGAGUCUGGUUGGCAUUGCGGUAUAGAAACCUUAAAGAUCCAAAGGCUAAUCCAAGUGCAUUUUUAUAACAGUAAUUAGAAGUCAUGUUUAGAUUUUAAUUUAUUUGUUAACAGAUUUUUGAACGACUUUCAUUUUUGUAUGCUACAAUUGCGGGAUUAAUCGUGUCCAUUGCAUUCUAUCAUUUGACUGGUUCUGGGAGAGUGUUGUAGACAGAUGUUGACUGGUACUGUAAACAGAUUUUGCACUUUAUCAUUGACUGGUUUCUGGGAGAAUGUUGAAGACAGAUUUUGACUGGUACUGUAGACAGACUUAGACUGAGAGAGUUUAAAUCAUUAUUAUACAAUUACAUGAAUGCAAGGAUUGUGUGCACUUGAUGCUUAGUAAAACGCAGGAACUGGUUAUCAAAUCUUGUAGCCUUUAAUAUUACAGCCAGAUUUAUCGGAGCACUGAAUUAAUUUAACCUAUGUUUGUUAAAAUUGACAAAUUUUUGGGAGUUGUUUUUAGAAUGUGCAAGUUUGUAAGUUCUGAAAGUCUGAUCAGUUGUACUAGUUUUUUAAAGAAAUGCGUAAAUUGAGUCAUUUUACUCUAUUAUUUGUGCAAUAUAUUUGUUGCCGUGUAUUUUUGUUGUUUGUGUACUAUUAUUUCACUGGUUUUUAUCGCCAAAGAGUGUGACAAAUUAAUUAAGAAAGGAGAUAUUGUGAUUUAGGAUAAAUGAUGAGACGUCAGUUUUUGUCAAUACUUAUAAUUAUCUUUUACUAACAGAAUUCCAGUGUUGUGUUUCUUUGGAAUUUUUUUUCAGAUACCAUGACUGUAUUUGUUUUUUUUACAGAGAAUGAACUCUUCUCUAUUGCCAAUGUGGGUGGCUCACUACAAACUAUAAUGAGGGAUUUGACUAAAUACCAGUAGUUCUCAUGUAUUCAUAUUAAGAGGUUUUGUGGUUGUUCAGGGUGAUUAUAAGUGUCAUACAUUCCGUGUCAUGUUAAUGUUGUUACUUUUUUUUUUAUUGGUAUCGGUACUAAAGACAUGAUAGGGUGAUAUAUAAUAUUUUACAUACAGUAGUACUAAUGCAGAAUCUCAAACUAUUUGUAAUAUAGCAGAAUGGCAUGACCCUACACAAAUACAGUAAGAACUAUAUAUGAUACAGACUCUUUGCCCACCAAAAUCAAGUCAUGCUUUUGUUCAAAAUUAAGAGUAUUCUGUGCAUGAAUCCUGAUGUAACUUGGUCAGUUUUCUCAAUUUGACUACAAUCAUUUAGCUUCAGAAUAGUGACGUCUUCUUGAUAUUUUUUGUUGAACACAGAUUUGGACCAAUGCUAUGUUCAUGCCACAAAUUAACUGUCUAGUUUUCUUAAGAGACAAAUCUAUUCUGUUCAAAACUGUACUCAAUUUUUUUUUUUUUUUUUAAAAAAACUUAAUUUCACAAAAAAAUUAGCUAUUGAACUUUUGAGUGAAAUUGAAAAAUUGCAUCACUUUUAAUACCCCAAAUAACAGUAAAUGUUUGAACAUAAUCUCUUUGUUUGAAACUAUUGAACAUAAUCUCUGUAGUAAAAGUGCAGUCUGUCUUGAAUAUAAUCUCUUUAAGUAAAAGAAUGAGUCUUGUCUUUUAAGAUUUUGAGUUUUACGAGAGUCAAAAAGGUCUUUAUCAUAUGUGGUCCUUUGUAACCAUAUUAGCUGACGGUGAUCAGCAUGGUUGUCCUUUAUUAAAUCUGGAUUAAAUUCUGUAUAGGAAGGUAGCUUAUUAUGAAUUUCGUCACCUUGUUGAUGUUCAUCAGAUCAUGUUUCUUGUUUUUGUACUUUGCUGAGAAUUUUGAUUAGACAAGAACAUCGAGAAGGAACACAUGCAUUGUCCCCCUUAUUUCAUACUUUGCUGAGAAUUUUUUCGAGACAAGCAUCCAUGCAUUGUCUCCCUUGAUCUCUUAGGUGCGUCUUCCUGAUAUAAGAACUGUUGUAUCCUAACGAAGAGAAAUCCAUUUUAUAGAGAAAUUACCUUUUGUUAGAAACACUGUCUGUUUUAUAUCUUGGCAUACAAAUGACUGAUGCAGAAUUUAGAUUCAUUGGUGUUCAAAAUUGAAUAACUGUGAAUAAUAUAACCUAGAUUAGUUUGCAGCUCAAUAUACAGCGAGACAUGCUUAUAGCGAACCCCCAGGGACAGUGAAAAACAAAAUAUCAUAGCCAAAAAAAAAUUUAUAAAAUUCUCGGUAUUGUCAUCUGAUAGGGGAAUAAAUAUCUCUUUCCAGUAAGCGUGAAUUCGUUGUGAAUGUGUUCAUUAUAAUCAUGUUUUACUGUAUUGUAAACAAUGUGGUAAUGAAAGUUAUAGAAGAUAAAAAAUUUGUAUGCCAAGACACAGAGCAGGUCAGUUAAUUUAUGUUUAUUUUAUUUUUCAUAUACUCUAAAGAUAUUUGUUUUGUCCUCAGUUUUGUAGAAUAUAGAUGUUAUGGGAUUAAAUAAAUUUAAAGCAUA